UUAACUGAAGUUUUACGAUAUUCACUCUUUAUCCUCAUCAUAGACUGUAAAUGAAGAUAUUGAUCUUUAUAUACAGUCUUUGGUCCUCAUACACAUACAUAUGUCCACGCUUAUCCUCAUGUGAACGUCACCUUUGGACUCUGACGUCAUAUAUGCAUGACGACCACAGCGCCCCGCCGUGUUGACUCAGGCCGCUUCAGCAAACAAUUUGACGAGCACGCCGACUUUUCUCUUUUGUUUUUUCAGCUAGCCGAAGUUUAAUGAGUAGGUGAGUCCACAGAAAUGAAGCCGAGGAAGGGACACGUCCUGCUGCUGUGGAUGCUAGUCUGUUCCGGUAUGACGGAGGCUAUCGAGCCCAUCAGCACCAGCAUCGCGGUGGGCAUGGCUGCGGCUCUGACCGGGUUCUUGGCUAGCUACCAGAACAUUUUCUACUAUUUCCACGAGUGCUGUCGACCCGAGUGGAUUUCUUUUAACAAGACAGGUCUUAAGGCUGACCUGGAAAACAAACUCUUCGGACAGCACAUUGCAUCACCUAUCAUCCUGAGAGCUGUGAAUGGAUUCAUGAGCAAUGACAACCCGAAGAAGCCCUUGGUGCUCUCGCUGCACGGACCGUCUGGCACAGGGAAGAACUUUGUUAGUAAGCUGAUUGCUGAAAACAUUUACAAAGAGGGAAUGGACAGCAGCUUUGUUCAUGUUUUCACCUCUGAAUUUCACUUCCCGCAUUCGACUAAGAUUGAUACCUACAAGUCUCAGUUACAACAGUGGAUCAAAGGAAACGUCACCAACUGUGCACACUCCAUGUUCAUCUUUGAUGAGAUGGACAAGAUGCAUCCCGGCUUGAUUGACAGCAUAAAACCGUACCUGGAUUACUACGACAAGCUGGAUGGAGUUUCUUACCGCAAAGCCAUCUUCAUCUUCCUCAGUAAUGCUGGAGGGGAGAGCAUCAUCCAGACAGCUUUAGAUUUCUGGAAAGCAGGACAAGAUCGAGAAGAGAUCGAGCUCAAAGAUCUGGAAACCUUGCUCUCUCUAUCAGUGUUCAACAAUAAGAAAAGUGGCUUGUGGCAUACAAGUUUGAUCGACAAGAACUUGGUGGACUUUUUUGUCCCGUUUCUGCCUCUGGAGUACCGCCACGUGGUCCAGUGUGCCAUGGCCGAGAUGACAGCCAGAGGACAUCGUCCAGACGAGGAUGUGGCAGAUCAGGUGGCCAGAGAUUUAGUCUAUUUUCCCAAAUCUGAGAGAGUCUUCUCCGUCAAAGGCUGCAAAACAAUAGAAAGCAAAUUGGACUACUACACAUAAUGCCAGCAUCGGAUGGACACUGCGUUGGAUCACUAUGUGCACUUUUUUAACUUCUCUCAGCCAAAUGACUCAUGAGAGGAAGUGAAGCUGGCUGAACCCUUAAAGAGGUUUCUCUGUCUGACCGUGCAGAGAAUUUCAGAGGAGCUUCUCCAAUGUUGCAUAUCGCUUACACUGAAUACGGAGCCUGAUGAAAGAGAACGACGCCAGUUGAAUGAAAUAAUAAUAAGACUGGAAUGCAAUCCUUUGUAAGUGAUUAAGGAGCUUGAUCUCCACUUUUGUGUCACACCACAGUGAGAGUCUCAGAGAGUUUCGUUUUCCCGAGAGCUUCUUAAUGACUAGCAGGGUCCUUCUGUUAGUAAAACUACGGCAUGUCACUGUUGUGCGUUCGCUUUUUUUAAUGUGGACUCCAAAUAUUUGGAUUUCUGGAAACACCUGCCUUAAUUCUUUUUAUUCUCACUUUUUUUUUUUGGCUAAUUAGAUCUACGGAGUUAGUUUAUACAUAUGUGUACUGUAUAUAUGAUUUCAUCAGCCAUCAAAGUUGGCCUUUGUUUUCACUAUUCAAAUCCAAAAAUGUAUAUUACUGAAAACUCCAUCCAAGAUUUGUUUUCUAUGCUAUAAAACCACAUGCUUUUAGGCUUGGGCGGUAUUUGAUACUCAGUACCUUCCUGAAGAUUCGGGAAGAGUGUACUAGUUACUCUCAACUUUACAGACUAAUAAAUACACAAUCGAGACCCACAAAACGUUGAGAAAAGUAAUAUUCUCACGCCUGUUUUCCUUAUUAAACAGAGAAAUACAAAUGUACACCUUUUGAAUUCAACUU